AGCCGUCCCCACUUCCGGCGGUGGCUUCUCACGCACACCGCCAAGCCGCUGCAACAGUAGCCGCGGCGGCGGCGCUCAGCGACAGCCAUCCCCAUCGUCUCCGGCGGCCGCAACAUGGAUCUCCCCAAGACCAAAAAGAGCGAGGCCGCGCUCGCGGUGGCCUGCCCCUCCGACGACGCGCUGGUGGAAGUGCUCUCGCGGCUCCGCGCCAAGCCCCUCUUCCGAUUCAAGUGCGUCUCCAAGGACUGGUGCGGCCUCAUCGCCGACCGCCUCCGCUGCCGCAAGUUCCCCCAAACCCUGGAAGGGUUCUUCACCGGCGGUAGAGAUGAGAACUACGGUGAUUUCAUCGAUCUAUCGGGUAGGCCGGUGCCUGUCGUCGACCCUUCCUUCUCCUUCCUCACGGAGUCGCCGGAGAUUGAGAAGCUCGUCCUCUUGGAUUCCUGCAACGGGUUCGUCCUCUUUGGGCACAUGCGUGUUUCGGACACCUACGACUCGCUGGGCUAUAUUGUCUGCAACCCCGCCACCGAGCAGUGGGUGCCUGUGCCCAGCUCCGGCUGGACUCCAUGGGAAGGCAGCGAGGACGAAGAGUACAUUGAUGACGUUCCGGACACCUAUUUGAUCUUCGACCCGGCUGCCUCUCCACACUUUCAACUGGUCCAGUUAUAUUUAUUAGAUCGGCAUACCUUGGAAGAGGUGCACAUCUUCUCUUCAGUAACUUGGGCAUGGAGGCGACAUGAAGGUAUACAUGACCAGGCAUGGGUGGGUAGUAGUGCAAUGGUCUCACCAAUUUGGCCGUGCCGCUUUAAUGGAAUGCUGCACAUGGGUAUCUUUGACGGUAUGGCUGGGGAAGGCGAACAUGACCAGUACAUGAUAGUUGCAGUUGAUGGGGAAGGGAAGCCUUCUAUGACCAUGAACUGGCCAGAAAAUGGUGACUGCUGUCUUGUUUUUGUUGGUCAAUCUCAAGGGCGCCUGCAUUAUUGCAUGACUGGGGACAUAGAUGACUCUCAUAUGAUAACUGAACUGUCUAUAUGGGUUCUUGAGGACUACCAUACAAAAGAACGGGUUCUGAAGCACAGUGUGAGCAUUUUGCAGCUGUUUGGGAAAAUGAGUUGCCGAUAUGACUCCUAUGAAGUGGUCACCAUUCAUCCUGAUCGUAAUUUGGUUUACUUUAUUGAGCAUGGGGACCAGAAACUGAUCUCUUAUGACAUGGAUAAUAAGGAGGUGUGUGAUGUCUGCACUCUCAGACGUGGCGAUGGGUGUAUCACUCCAUAUGUUCCCUACUUCUCGGAUUUGUUGGUGCUUGAAAAUAGGCACCGAAUGUCAGAGUCUUCAACGGCAAGGCAGAACCUGCUCCAAGUGUGAUCAAGAACAUCAUCGAGGAGGCGAGGUGCUGGAUCUCGGCCGGCAUGGUGGACCUUUCGUUUUUUAUCUUACCGAAUGGCUAGUUUCUCCUUGUCCUUAGUUGUAGGUCGUUUUUUCUCUUUUGUUGUCCUGUAAUAGCUGGUGUAGGUCGCUUGGUUAGAGGUCAAGUGCGUGUGUUGUCCCAAACUCCUUAAUGAAAUGCUUGCCCAGGUAAGUUCUCGAAAAAAAAGGCACUGAAAUUGUUUUGUUUGUUGUACUCCUGAGGUCAGCAUCACUUAGAUAUUCCAAAGUGUAGAGUAGCUAGCACUACCAGCAUGGUGUAGCUUUAUUAGAAUCUGAUAACUGAUGCAUUUUGCUGGUGCUUGGAUCUGGCAUGAUUCAAUGCUUAUGGGUAUCCAAUUAAUAUGAAUGCCAGUUGAGACAUC